CUCCUGAGAGUGCACUUUCCAACUGUUACUCCACGAUCACAUCUACCGUUAACAAGUAACUGUUUAAGGCUGUCAGCUUUAGAAGGUAUAUAGCAACAGCCAAAUUUUCUCAUUAAUGCGCAUCCUAUAAUAAAACUUGGGCACUGAUUCCAAAGAACGGAAAAUUUAUUCUCUGACUGACCAAAUGUUGUUUUCUCAAUUUAUUAUCGUGCUUUUGAUAACUAGAUGAUCCACUUUGAAAGGAAUUUCAUUUCUAGACUCCGACAUCAGGAAUUUUUGUUCCAAUAUUGUUUUUCUACACUAUCUGGAUAUAAUUAAGUGAGUCGUAAAAUCAACCAAAGGGAAUGUCGUUUAAGAUUCCGCGAAUCGGUAUCCAACGCAAGUUAUUCGAUUCUAAUUUAGAUGGCAUUCAAAACAAUCAGAGUUCACAGGAUAUAAGUUUCAGUGUUCAAAAUAAUAGCAGCAUCCAUCAAUGUAAAGAUGAAUUCGAAGACCAGUCGAGUCAAAGUCAUUCAGAAUAUAACUCAUCAUUCUGGACUUCGCUUCGUAAUAUUUGGAAACACUCUGAUCGUGAAGACACAAGCUUGAUUAUAGACAAAGACGAUGAACAUAAUGAUGAAUUAAAAUUAAGCAGUUUACUAAGCGACAUAAGCGAGACCACGGAUUACUUAAUGAACAAGAUAAGUAUGUCAGAAAAAAUAAUUGCAUUUGCGAACCUAAACGGCAACUCACUUAAAACUACUUCAGAAUCAGUAAAAAAUCUAUCUUAUGGAAAGAACAUUAUUAUCGAUAAACAAAAUUAUUUAAAUGCGUUUUCGGAAAAAGUGAAAGAGUUUCCUCUUUCCAUGACUGAACGUUUAGAUAGGAUCUUUUCGAAAAUUGAAAAUUCUAUGGCUGACGAAUCAAGCAACUUUGAUCGUUUACCUGCGUCAUCUCGCAACGAUUUAGAACACGCUGUUGUGACUCUAAGGAAUAAACUCAAGUCUUUACAAGAAAGCAGCAAUCGAGACGAAUUCAUGUUGUGUGGAAAUAUACUGCGCAGUAAUGGAGUCCCAACACAAAAUAAGAAACAGCCAGCACAUGGACUUAAUAAGUACAUGUUGUCUAGUACAGGAUCAGGACUCUCUAUUCACAUGAAGUUUCGGACACCUCUUUCGAUUGCUGCGAGAAAACCUAAUAUCCGGUCGGUACCAAGGUUGAUAAAUAAUUCACGGUAUGUUUACAAUUUAUUGGUAGUUUAAGAAAGGUAAGAGACAAACACAAAAAAGCAAGUGUUUUCAGAACAUCCAGUUUGAUAUUUGAUUUUUAAGUGAUUCUUUAUAUAUACAGGUACGAUGAGUUAUUUUAACUUGUGGAGAAAAUGAUACUGGAUCAAUCAUGAAGCUCACAACCACCGAAAAUUUUAUUUUCUGAACUCUAUAAGGUAGAUUUCUAACGGGUAAUCCACCAAGAAUUUUGGUGUGGUACUUUGAAUAACAUAUGAAGUUUCUUAUAGCUUAUAUUUGCCUCAAUAAACAUGGAGUAUUUAAAAUAGGGUACGGAACGGGCUAAGUUCAGAAAUAUUCAAAGGUCAUUGUUUAACUCUUUUGAAUAAAGGUUUGAUAAAAAACUUGAAGAUUGAAACCUAGAAGAAUGUGGAACCAUGUAGCUUUGGGUUGAGUUUCUGAAGAUAUUUCGAAAUUCGAACUUUUAAUACACUGGUAUAGUUUGGAGAGUUGUAGACACAUAAUGACUCGAUACUGCAGAUAGUUUUUACGAAAAUACUCAGGAAGGAUAAAAAAAACUUUCGUAUACGACAUGGUAGUGCAUUUUUCAAACAUAUCAUAUUUACAAAAACCAACUGCUUGCUUAACACGAAAAUGUUGAGGGUUACGUCAUGAAAGCAGAAUCGUGUCUAUAAAUGCUGUCUAUUAUUUGAGGAGUCAUACGACUUUAAGAAAGUAAGUGACAGGUCUUUUAGGUUAAGCAAAUUUUUGAAUAAAAAACGGGAACAUGUCGUAGCGGUUGUUACGCAAUCAACAGAAACUAGAUAAAAGUUCAUAAUGUCAUCAAUUUGGAUAAUGUAUAGAGAAUUCAAUCAGUUCGUGAGCUAACACCAUUCAUUUUCAUUUCAAUGAUUUAGAGAACAAAAAUAUAUAAUGAAGAUUACGCAGAUCACAGAACAUGGAAGACAAGCAAGUUUCAAUUG